UAGAACAUAUUUUCUUAUGCAAACCUUCGUCUUUGCACUUCCAUUAGAGUGAAUCAGGAUUCUGACAUACUUUAUUAUUUGUAGACAAAAUCAUGAGAUUCACAAUUUGAACUAUACCUUUCGAGUUGAUUCAAGAGAUAUGAACCUAUUUGGUAUCCGUAUAUCAAACGUUCCAUGUCCGUAUAAAAUCCAUUUUAUAUGUUUGACCAAGCUACAGUUAAAUGCGCUUGUUCUUUUUCCGUUUCUUCUUUUGAAGAUUUCUAUGUAGAGUCUAUUGAGGCAAAUUCUGUUAUUAGCUACAUGAAAUGAAAGGUUUCUUCUUGUUGGUAUUUGGUAGAGUUGUAAAAGUGACGAAUGGAAGAAAGACAUUUCUUGUGAAUAAUACAAGUAUAUUUGGUUUAAGCAUCAAUAAUAUGCAUCUUUUCUGUACUAUUGCAUUUAUGCAUGUUAUAGUUAGAAAAAGUUGAAGAAAUUUUACCAUUUGAUUUGACUCACAGUUCAUAUAAUUAGUAUAUUGAUUCUCGAUUUGGUUCAUGACCUAAUAACUAUAUUCUCUCCUAGGAUAGCAUCUAUAUAAUCCCUUUAGUAAUCACACUUUCAACAAAUCUCUGUGGGUAAACUUUAUAUCCAGUGUAUUAUUAUUUACUUCGAGAAUAUGAGCAAGGAAGAACAAGGCAACACACAUGCACUACUUUUGAUGUGGUUUCUCAUCAUUGACAAAUAUAUACGUUCUUGAUCUCAUGCAUUGUGGCUGUCCAGUGCAAACAAAUACAUUUUAAAUGAAAAUUGAAAGGACAAGUCCCACAAGGAAACGUACCAAAUUUCAGGUUGAGGAGAAGGAAACACUAACUGGAGAUGGAGCAAUAGUAGAGGUUGCAGAAGAUGAUACUGAGGCAAAUCCUCCUGUAUCUGAACAGAUGGAGGUUUAUAUGAGUCAAAUUCUUGAAAAAAUUGACAACUUCACUCAGCAGGUGUCUGAACUUCUUGAAUCUGGGAAAUCGUUCCUCAGAGAGUUGGGUGCUGAAUUAGAAGAACGGAUGAUAGCAAUACACAAGGAACAGAUGGAAAAGUGGCAAGAUGAAAUCAAGGAACUUCGCUUCAUGGAUGCUUCAAACGAGGAGAUCAAUGCUCUCUUGCACAAUGCUCAGCUAGUACUUCAUAAUGUUCAUAAUGACCACUCCUAAAGAUUAAUGCAUCCAACGCCCAAACUAUAUGCUCACCAACAUCAACGGAUCAGCAAUACAUAAAUUCAUCAAGGAAUUGC